GUAGUACCUAUAGGACGGCUGAUGUGUCUGAGCUUGCUGGGUGCCGAGAGUGCGGUGCCAGGUUAUAUAAAUACAAAUAGGUGAAGAGGGGCAACGCGAGACCUCUUGCACUUUCUUGACGGCGAACGUCGCAGCGACCAGUCCUCGCCGAGCAUCAUGGCUCGACACGCGUGUCUGUGUCUUGGUGUGUUGUUGCUCAGCUGUCUCGUGACCGGCGAAUCGCGAGUUAAGCGGCAGGAGGAGGACGGAGGAGAUGAGGUCAACGCAGAACAGUUGUGCGAUGGUCGCCCGGCUGACGAGUAUUUCCGUCUCACCACCGAAGGAGACUGCCGCGAUGUAGUCAGGUGCGACAAAGGCGGUGAGAACGGCGUGACUCGGCUCGCCUCAGUGCGCUGCCCUGGCGGUCUCGCCUUCGAUAUCGACCGUCAAACUUGUGAUUGGAAAACACAUGUUAAGAAUUGCGACAAAAUAGAAAAACCAAGGAAAGUGUUGCCUAUCCUGAAAACGGAUGAGCCAAUCUGUCCUGAAGGAAAAUUAGCUUGUGGAAGUGGUGACUGUAUUGAAAAGGAACUGUUCUGUAAUAACAAAUAUGACUGCAAGGAUGAGUCUGACGAAAAUGCUUGUACUGUCGACCUAGAUCCCAACCGUGCUCCGGACUGUGAUCCCAACCAGUGCGCACUGCCAGACUGUUUCUGCUCCGCAGACGGAACUCGUAUUCCUGGAGGUAUUGAGGUCAACCAAGUGCCUCAAAUGAUAACAAUAACCUUCAACGGUGCCGUAAAUGUUGACAACAUUGACUUGUAUGAACAAAUUUUCAACGGAAACCGUCAUAAUCCCAAUGGAUGCCAGAUUCGUGGUACAUUCUUCGUAUCUCACAAAUAUACCAACUAUGCUGCUGUGCAAGAAUUGCACCGUAAAGGUCACGAAAUUUCCGUGUUUUCCAUAACUCACAAGGAUGACCCUCAAUACUGGAGCAGCGGAAGCUACGAUGACUGGUUGGCAGAAAUGGCUGGCGCUCGUUUGAUCAUUGAACGAUUUGCUAAUAUUACUGACUCGUCAAUCAUUGGUGUCCGCGCACCUUAUCUACGUGUUGGAGGAAACAAGCAAUUCGAAAUGAUGGCUGAUCAAUACUUCGUUUACGAUGCCUCUAUUACUGCUCCUCUUGGACGUGUUCCUAUCUGGCCCUACACGUUAUACUUCCGCAUGCCCCAUAAAUGCAACGGUAACGCACACAACUGCCCAUCCAGAAGCCACCCCGUUUGGGAAAUGGUAAUGAAUGAAUUGGACAGACGAGAUGACCCAACUUUCGAUGAAUCGCUUCCUGGUUGUCAUGUGGUUGACUCUUGCUCCAACAUUCAAACCGGAGAGCAAUUCGCACGUCUCCUGCGCCACAACUUCAACCGCCACUACAGUACCAACCGUGCCCCUCUUGGUUUCCACUUCCAUGCUUCAUGGCUGAAAUCUAAAAAGGAGUUCAGAGACGAGCUUAUUAAAUUCAUCGAAGAGAUGUUGGAGAAGAACGAUGUCUACUUCACUUCUCUUAUUCAAGUUAUCCAGUGGAUGCAAAACCCUACAGAAUUGACGUCACUCAGAGAUUUCCAAGAGUGGAAGCAAGACAAAUGUGAUGUGAAAGGUCAACCUUUCUGCUCCUUACCAAAUGCAUGCCCCUUAACAACUCGAGAGUUACCAGGGGAGACACUACGUCUUUUCACUUGCAUGGAAUGUCCUAACAACUACCCGUGGAUCCUAGAUCCUACGGGAGAAGGCUUCAAUGUUAAGAAGUGAUCUCUUUAAGGUAAAUUAAAAAGACUGUACACAUGUAAAUAAUACUCAAUAAUGUUAAUAAUAAAUACAGUAAUUAUUAUGAAUGUGGCAGGGCGUCAUCUUGCAGUGAAAUUUGUUUUAAUUAGAUACAUUAUAUAAAAGUGAAAAACGUAAGUGACAACCACUCGAGUAAUACAACUGCAAAUACUAAUUUUUAGCAAAUGUAGUUAAAAAUUGAUGUUUCAUAGUAAUUUAGGUAAUUACCUACAUAUGACAAUAAAAUUUAUUAAAUUUA